AUGGACUAUGAAAUUUUGGGGUUAGUAAUAGCCGCUUUGGUAUGGAUUGCAUGCGCAAUAAUGGCGAAGCAGUGCCAGCACGGGCGUAUGGAAAAAACGGGACAGCUUCCACCUGGGCGAAGAAGGCGGCCGAUGGUUGGGAACAUUUUCCACUUAGGUUGGCCACCGCACCUAUGUUUUACCAAAUUGGCUAGUCAACACGGACCUGUCAUGACUCUUUGGCUAGGUUCAAUGUGCACCGUGGUCAUAUCAUCGAAAGAAGUGGCUCGUGAAAUGUUCAAGAACCAUGGUGUGGCGCUUGCAGGGAGAAAAAUGUACGAGGCCAUGAAAGGUAGUCAAGGCAAUGAAGGGUCUAUCAUUACGGCUCAAUAUGGUCCUCAAUGGCGGAUGAUGCGACGUUUAUGCACCUCGGAGUUCUUCGUGAGUAGUCGUCUCGGAGUUCAAAUGGUGGAAUUUGUAGAAGAUGCAAGUGCUCGUGGAACCAAUGCCAUCGAUAUUGAGAGAUUCUUUUUAAUGGCUUUCAAUCUCUUUGGAAAUCUUAUGUUUUCAAAGGAUUUAUUGGAUCCGAAAUGAGGCGCAAAUUUCUUUUACGAUGCAGGAAAAGUAAUGGAGUUCGCUGGUAAGCCAAAUGUGGCAGAUUUCCUACCAAUUUUAAGAAGGCUGGACCCGCAGGGUAUAAGGAGGAAAAUUGAGUUUCACAUUGAGCAAGCCUUUGAAAUUGCAGGAGAAUUCAUUAAAGAAAGGAUGGAAAGUAUAGCAAACGGAUAUAAUGAAGGGAAGAGAAAAGAUUUCUUAGAUGUACUAGUGGGAUUUCGUGGUGAUGGCAUGGAGGAGCCAGCCAGGUUUUCUUCAACAACCAUCAAUAUUAUUGUCUGGGAGAUGUUCACUGCAAGGACUGACACAACUACAGGUACUUUAGAGUGGGCUAUGGCAGAGCUCCUACAUAACCCAAGAACAGUCGAGAAAGUCCAAGCCGAGUUGAGGAGGAGUCUAAGACCGGGUUAAACGCUUGAAGAAAAUGAUAUCGAAAACCUUCCUUACCUUAAAACGGUGAUUAAAGAAACGUUAAGACUUCACCCACCACUUCCUUUCUUAGUACCACACAUAGCCAUGAACUCUUGCAACAUGUUACGUUACUAUAUUCCCCAGGAAACACAAAUUUUAGUCAACGUCUGGGCGAUUGGACGAGACCCAAAAACUUGGGAUGACCCAUUAGUUUUCAAGCCAGAGAGGCUUUUAGAGCCUAAUUACAUUGUGGAUUGCAAGGCACACCACUUUGAAUUUAUACCAUUCGGGUCUGGUCGUAGGAUGUGGCCGGCAAUUCCUCUCGCCUCUGUGGCGUUGGGGUCGUUAUUACACUCUUUUGAUUGGAUGUUGGCUGAUGGGCUUAAGCCUGAGAAUAUGGACAUGACUGAACGAAUGGGCAUAAAGUUUGUCCCCCUUGAAGUCAUGGAUUGGCCUACAAGUUUUCUUGUUUGCCUUAUCCUAUUUUCAUCAUCGGUCUUAUUCCUAUUCUCCCGAAGAAGAAACUCCAACCCAGGCAAGCUCCCUCCAGGGCCUCCAGGAUGGCCCAUUGUCGGAAACAUGUUCGAUCUUGGCACCAUGCCACACCGGACCCUCACCUGCCUAAGGGACAAGUAUGGUCCAGUUAUAUGGCUCAGGCUAGGUACAGUGAACACCAUGGCACUUCUUUCAACAAAAGCAGCUACUGAGUUGUUUAAGAACCAUGAUCUCUCCUUCGCUGAGCGCAACAUCACGGAAAUUAUGCGCGCCCAUGAUUACCAUAAAAGCUCUUUAGCUCUAGCACCGUAUGGUUCAUAUUGGCGCGUGCUAAGGCGCCUGGUCACGGUGGAUAUGUUGGUUAACAAACGGAUAAAUGAAACCACUUGUAUAAGAAGAAAAUGUGUUGAUGAUAUGCUGCUAUGGAUCGAAGACGAGGCACGUAAGAAGGAAGGAGACUCACAUAGAGAUGGAAUUCAUGUGGCACGUUUCGUGUUUUUGUUGACAUUUAAUUUGCUUGGAAACCUUAUGCUGUCGCGUGAUUUGUUCGAUCCUGAUUCGAAGGAGGGUUCUGAACUUUUCAUGGUCAUGUUGAGGCUGAUGGAAUGGUCUGGUCAAGGAAAUAUAGCAGAUUUUUUUCCCUGGCUGCAGUGGCUUGACCCUCAAGGAUUGAAAAGGAAGAUGGAGAAGGAUCUUGGUAAGGCUAUUGAAAUUGCCUCUAAGUUUGUGAAGGAAAAAUUGCAACAGAAGAAGGUGGGGGAAGAUAAGAGGGAUUUCUUGGAUUUGUUGAUUGAGUUUGAAGGAAAUGGCAAGGACGAACCAGCUAAAUUUUCUGACCAUGAGCUGAACAUCUUUAUCCUGGAAAUUUUUUUGGCUGGUUCAGAGACAACAAGCAGCACCAUAGAAUGGGCAUUUACCGAGCUGCUUUGCAACCCAGACGCCAUGAUCAAGGCCAAAGCAGAGCUUACUCAGGUGGUUGGACCAAACAAGAAUGUAGAAGAGCGUGACAUUGAAAAUCUUCAUUACUUGCACGCAGUAGUAAAAGAAACAUUUCGGCUGCAUCCACCAAUUCCAUUCCUUAUUCCAAGAAAGGCAAUGCAGGACACCAAUUUUAUGGGGUACCAUAUACCCAAAAACACACAAGUUUUUGUAAAUGCUUGGGCCAUUGGAAGGGAUCCGGAAGUGUGGGAUGACCCCUUGUCAUUCAAGCCCGAGAGGUUCAUCGGAUCGAAAAUCGAAUACAAGGGGCAUCACUAUGAGCUAAUUCCUUUUGGAGCAGGGAGAAGAAUGUGUGCAGGUGUGGCACUAGCUGAUAGAGUUCUGCGCCUCGUUUUAGGUUCAUUGCUUCACCACUUUGAUUGGGAACUUGGAGGCAAUGUGACCAAGGAGACGAUUGACAUGAAAGACAGAUUGGGUGUAACAAUGAGAAAGCUGGAGCCGUUACUGGCAGUUCCUAAAAAGUGUAUGACAUCAGACUGAAGUGAAUUAUUUAGAUGAUGGGCAAUUUGAAGUGUCUUUGCAAGUUUACUAGCAUACA